AAAGGAAAUUCGUUUUUUUUUUUUUUUUUUUUUCAUAUUAUAUCAUUAUCUUUUUUAUUUUUGUAUUUAAAAUUAUCUUUUUAUUUAAAAUGUUAUCUUCUUAUCUUUCACGUACUUUAAAGUCUCCAGUAAAAUAUUCUGUCCCACUUCGUGCAUUUAUUACUAGUUGGGCACAUGUACCUCAAGGACCACCUGAUGCCAUCCUUGGUAUUACGGAUGCAUAUCGGAAGGAUGACCAUCCAAAAAAAAUGAAUUUGGGAGUUGGUGCAUAUAGGGAUGAUAAUGGUAAACCUUAUGUACUAAAUUCAGUUAGAAAGGCAGAACAAUUAAUUUUACAAGAUAAACUUGAUAAAGAGUAUCUUGCAAUCACUGGUCUUGCAUCCUUUACUAAAGAAGCUGUACUCUUGGCUUACGGUAAAGACUCGGAACCUUUAAAAGAAGGAAGAAUUUCUGUUACACAAUCGAUUUCUGGUACCGGUGCACUCCGAAUCGGUGGUGUAUUUUUAAAUCGAUUUUAUCCUCAUAAUAAAAAAAUAUUUGUACCAAUUCCCACAUGGGGAAAUCAUGGUGCCGUAUUUAAAGAUUCUGGAUUGGAAGUUGGACAAUAUAGAUAUUACGAUAAAUCAACUAAUGGAUUAGAUUUUAAAGGAUUUGUUGAGGAUAUCCAGAACGCACCAGAAAAUUCUAUUUUCUUAUUACAUGCUUGCGCACAUAAUCCUACCGGAGUUGAUCCGAGACCAAAUCAAUGGGAUCAGAUUUCCGAAAUUAUUAAAGAACGUAAACAUUUCGCCUUCUUUGAUAUGGCUUAUCAAGGAUUUGCUUCUGGAGAUGCAGAUCGCGAUUCUUAUGCAAUUCGAAAAUUUGUUUCUGAUGGACAUAAAAUUUGCUUAUCGCAAUCAUUUGCCAAAAAUAUGGGACUUUAUGGAGAACGUGCUGGAGCAUUCUCAAUCAUUUCAGGAAGUCCAAAAGAGAAAGAAGCGGUAGAUUCGCAAUUAAAGAUUUUGAUCAGACCAAUGUAUUCUAAUCCUCCAUUAAACGGGGCAAGAAUUGCGAGUUAUGUAUUAAGUAACCCUGAAUUAAAAAAGGAAUGGUUGGGCGAAGUUAAACUUAUGGCCGAUAGAAUUAUUACGAUGCGUGAUUUACUCAAAAAACAUUUAGUAGAAGAUUUUAAAUCCAAACAUAAUUGGAACCAUAUUACAGAUCAAAUUGGCAUGUUUUGUUAUACGGGUUUAAAACCUGAACAGGUUGAGCGACUCACAAAAGAAUUCCAUGUAUAUUUAACAAAAGACGGACGUAUUUCGAUUGCUGGCAUUACCUCACACAAUGUAGAAUAUUUAGCUAACGCAAUUCAUGAAGUAACAAGAUAGACAUUAUACCAUAAAGAUUAUUUAUUUAUUAUUAUGAAUUUGCAUAUUUAUUUUAUGAGUAUCUCCAAUUCUCCAUAAGAAAAAAAGAUGCAUAAUAAAAUACAUAUAUAUAUAAAUGAUAUGCGCUAAAUAAUUUAAGCAAUUUGAAACCCGUAGAAAAAAUUUGACUGGCAGAUAACCGAUUUGACUGGCAAAUAAACAAUUUAACUGACAGAGAAAUCCAUUUGACUG